CUCAAUGUCUACAUUCGCGAUUAUGCGAAACUUCGUGGCACAAAAGCCAUGUGCCACGAAGGUGGCUGCGGCGCCUGUAUCGUGGCUGCAAAAAUCAAGGGCAAAACAAUGGCUGUAAAUUCUUGUCUUGUACCAGUAUUUAUCUGCGAUGGAUGGGAUAUUCACACAAUUGAAGGCAUAGGUAAUAUACGAGAUGGUUAUCAUACGAUUCAAGCUACGCUUGCUGAGAAAAAUGGAUCGCAAUGCGGAUAUUGUUCUCCCGGCAUGGUGAUGAAUUUAUAUAGUCUCAUAAAAGACAAAAAAUUGUCUAUGCUGCAAAUCGAAAAUUCGUUCGGUGGUAACAUGUGUCGCUGCACUGGAUAUCGUCCAAUUUUGGAUGCGUUUAAAAGAUUUGCUAGCGAUGCACCCUCAUCAAUGGUGAAAGAGAUACACGACAUUGAGGAACUAUACAAGAUCAAAGUCUGCCCGAAAUCCGGAAUGCCGUGUAUAGAUAGUUGCGAUGAACAAUUUCCUGAUGAAUGCACAACGUUUGAUAUCCAAUUAGAGAAUGCUAACGUCUUGAAAGUUUACUCGAUCAAUGAUAUAUUCGCAAUAUUUCGACAGAAACCGAACGCCACGUAUAUAUUACAUGGAGGAAAUACUGCACACG